AUGUUGUACCUUAUCGGCCUGGGUCUGUCGCAUGCAACUGACAUCACAGUAAGGGGAUUGGAAGUGGUGAAACGGUGCAAACGUGUAUAUUUGGAAGCUUAUACGUCCAUUCUCAUGGCAGCUGAUAAAGAGUCACUGGAGGAAUUCUACGGAAGAGAAGUGAUUCUUGCUGAUAGAGAGCUAGUUGAAAGUGGAUCAGAUCAGAUACUGGACAAUGCCCAAGAUGAUGACAUUGCUUUCCUUGUGGUUGGAGAUGUUUUCGGCGCCACGACACACACAGACCUGGUGAUAAGAGCCCGAGAAUUGGGUAUCAAAGUGGAGGCGAUACACAAUGCUUCAGUGAUGAAUGCAGUUGGAGCAUGUGGACUUCAGCUUUACACAUUUGGGCAGGCAGUUUCUAUUGUCUUUUUUACCGAUAAUUGGAGGCCCGACUCAUUCUAUCACAAAAUAAUGGAGAACAGGAAGAUUGGACUGCACACUCUUCUCUUGCUAGACAUCAAAGUCAAGGAGCCUAAUUUCGAUGAGUUAAUGAAAGGAAGACUUGUUUAUGAGCCUCCUAGAUAUAUGUCCGUGGCCACAUGCUGUCAACAAUUGCUGGAAGUUGAAGACAAGAGAAAAGAAAGAGCAUAUACUCCGCAGACUCCUUGUGUUGCCGUCUCACGUUUGGGUUCUCCUACACAGUCCUUCAAAGCUGCAACACUUGAAGAGCUUGCAGAGUACGAUGCUGGUGAGCCACUCCACUCCGUUGUGAUGCUAGGAAGCCAAGUUCAUGAACUCGAACUGGAAUACUUGUUAGAAUUUGCAGACAACAAGGAUGCCUAUAGAGCUGCUGUUGCAGCCGAUCAGGAACUCUUCACUAAGAAAUGA